UAUCAACAUAUUUCUUGUUGUAUUACAAAAUAUUUCUUGGCAACUGAUUUCCAAAGGAAUCCAUUGUAAAAUUUCAGAAUUUUUUUUUUCUGUAUACUAGCUGCUUGCACUGGAGGUUGGUCUCUCUCUCAAAGUGGUUUCCCAUCCGCUCUGCAGGCGAAAGCCUUAGCAGAUCUUUAACAAAUAUCUUCCCCGUUGCCCACUAUUCACGAAGCUGGUUGAAAUUACUUUUUAAUUUUGAUUUUUAAUGUUGCGUUUGGUUUACGUGUCAUGGGAAACGAAGCCAUUGCAUGAAAUAUAAGGAAUUUAGUAAAGGUACAGCCGUAGUCUAUAUUAAGAAACCACUGUAACUUUUAUUUACCUGUAUUGAUUUCGAAAAACCAUGAAGAACCAAGAUUGGGUACAAUGAACCGGCAAUCGUUCCAGGUUAAUCCAGUAUUUGAGUUUCAUAAGCCAUUAAACGUACUUAUCUAACACUCAAAACCAGAAAUGCUGAGAAAUGUACCCACACGAAACACACAGCUGGAUCUUAUCAGAAUCGAAAAAAAAAGUAAAUGGAGUGCUAUAAUUGAUUGGUGAAAUCUUGGAGGUAUACAGUAUUUAAUUCAGUGGAGAAAGUGCAGUUUCUGUUUAAGAAGUAACUUUACCGAUGAAUAGAAGCUAAAUACAGUGCGCUUUGACACCAACCAACUAUUGCACCAUAUUUCUUGGAAAACUAUGCAUUGAAACUUAGAUUAAUAUCAUUUUUCAUAAUUAUGGAGAAAGUACAGUUUGAUUCCAGGCAACUCGUUUAAACGAUGCACAACUACGUUUGGUUACCAGUCGUUAUAUGGCUUCCAAUUGUUGCUCAGCAUAUAAACGCACAAUUUAAAUAAAAGAUAAAUAACAGUUGUGUAUGUUUAGACGAAUCUUGAACUUCAUUCACUUUUUAUCGGUCAAAGCAGUUCCCAGUUCCGGGCGAACAAGGGCUAAGGCACUUUAUUCCGACAGAGACAUAGCAGUGGCAGCCAAGGAAGCACUGGAGGAGAAUUAGGAAAUGAGAGAUAGUCUAGUUUUCAGAAACUAACGAUUUUUUUUUUUUAAUUUUCCCCACGUCUUUUCAUCCAGUGUAAGUGACGAUCAGGGUGUGGAGAGAAAGGGCGAAACCUCACUUGCAAACGAUCGUUGAUCACUGGGAAAGUAAAGGAGCGUGGUGGCGUAGUGGUAACCCACUGCACUCGCAUUCCAGAGUACGCGGGUUCUGAUUCCGAUCCGGUCAUCCUGAUCUCGAUGUCCCGUCGUUUCCCGAAGUCACCGGUCUUUAUAUUCCUAUAGAGGACUCUAGGUGCAUCUAGGUGCUUUUAGGUAACUCUUGGUGCAUCUAAGUGUCUCUAGUUACCUCUUGGCGAUUCUUUGUGCCUUUUGGUGCCUCUUGUAUCUAGGUGUAUCUAAGUGCAUCGAAUGGCCUUUAAGUGGAUUUAAGCGCAUCUAUAUACCACUGUGUGCAUAAAGUUUCAUCUAGACGCUUCUAGAUGCCUCUAGUGGCCUCUUGGUCCUUCUAAGUUCUUCUAGGCGUCUCUAUGUUCUCUAGGUGUCUCUAUGUUUCUCUAGGUGUCUCUACGCGUAUAAAGUAGCCUUUAGGUACCUCUUAGUGCAUCUUGAUACCUUUAAGUUCCUCUAGGUACCUCUAGGUGCUACUUAAUGCAUCUAAAAGCAUCUCGGUGUCUCAGGUUGCAUAUAGACGUCUCCAUUUACCUCUUGAUACCUCUAUGCGCCUCUAGAUCCAUUUGGAUACCUCUACGUGCCUCUAGGUGAAACUAGGUUCUCUAUGUACCUUUAGGUGUCUCAAAGUAUAUUUAAGUGCUUAUAGAUAUUCUUUUGGUGCCUCUAGGUAUAUCAGUGUUUCUCACGGUUCCCUUAGGUGCAUUUAUGUUCAUCUAGGUAACUUAAUGAACCUCUAGGUGCCUUUAGGUGUCUCUAGUUGUCUUUAGAUGCCUCUGGGUUCAACUAAGUACCUCUUGGUGCCUGUAGGAGCCUCCAGGUGAAUCGAGGGUUUAAUAGAUGCCUUAAGUGCCUGCAGGUGCCUCUAGGUGCCUGCAGGUGCCUCUAGGUGCCUCUAGGUAAUCCAGGUGACUAGUCCCUGAAGCUCUCUCUGUUGUACCCCCCUCUGAACUAUAUAUAUGUGUAUAUACAUGAACGUGUCGGGGGGGCUGAAUUGUAUCCCCUCGGAAAGGGUACCUUUCAGGAUUUUCUGUACAAUGACACAGCAAAAAAUAAACUGGAAAGGUACACUUUCCGAUUUCUUAAAAUGUUUUUGUUUUAAUGCAAAUAUGCACUGGAAAAGUCUCCCCUCGGAAAGGUUAGGUUAGGUUAGGUUAGGUUAGGUUAGAGGGGAUAACUUUCACGAUUUUAAAGCAGAAAACAAUAUGCAUUUUAAGAAAUCGGAAAGGGUACCUUUCCAGUUUCUACCCAGCUACACUACAGCCACCACAAGUCUGAAAGGUACCCUUUCCAAGGGGAUACAAUUCUGUCGUCCCAACGUGUCGCGCUGUCUGCCGCAGGCGCCCCAAGACGAGCCAGGAGUUCCCGCUGGAGGUUCGCGACGCGGAAGCCGACGUGAACGAGGAGCUGCUGCGCGACUUCAGCGGGGAGCGGACUGGCUUCGUCGAGGUGGGCCCCGACAAGUGGUUCAUGCCCAGCCGCUACCGCCGGGAGGCAGCGCACUACUACAACUUCAAGGCACCACGAUGAUGCAGGAGAUCCUGUGGCUGCUCGCCAACGACCUGGACUUCGAGAAGGCCCGCAGAGUGCCGCAGAUGAAGAGGUUCCCCUUCCUCGAGUUCAGCAUGUUCGUGCACGACGGCAUGAUCAUGCAGUUCCUGAGGGAGAACGGCGCCGACCCGGGGAAGCUGUUCCCGCUGACCGUGUUCCGGCGGCCCGGCUACGAGGUGCUGGGCAAGAUGCGCUCCCCCAGGUUCAUCAAGACCCACCUGCCCUUCAGCCUGCUGCCCCCGGGACUCCUCGACUCGGGCUGCAAGGUCGUGUACAUGGCUAGGAACCCCAAAGACGUGGCUGUUUCUUACUUCCACUUCAUCCGGCUCAUCCGCUGCAUGGGAUACAAAGGGGACUUCGAAACCUACUGGAACCAGUUCGAGAGGAAUAAGCUUCCUUGGACUCCAUAUUGGUCACACUUAAAGGAAGGUUGGGACAGGAGACAUCACCCCAACGUUAUGUUUAUCUUCUAUGAAGAUAUGCUUAAGGACCUGUCCGCGGUGCUGGAGCGCGUGGCGCGGUUCGUGGGCCGGCCCGUGUCCGAGAAGCAGGCCGAGGCGCUCAAGGAGUACCUGCGCAUCGACAACUUCCGCCGCAACCCCGCCGUCAACAUGGACUUCCUGAAGAAGGCCGGCCUGCUGGCGUCCGGCGAGGAGCCCUUCAUCAGGAGGGGCGCGGCUGGCAGCUCGCGGUCAUCGCUGCCCGUGGAGCUGGAGCGGCGCGCGGACGCCUGGGUGCGCGACAACGCCCUGCGCACCGGCGUCGAGCUGCCGUGACCUGCCGCGACCUGCCGAGACCUGCCGUGACCUGCCGUGACCUGCCGUGACCUGCCGUGACCUGCCGAGACCUGCCGUGACCUGCCGUGACCUGCCGUGACCUGCCGAGACCUGCCGUGACCUGCCGCCACCCUCCCCCGUCCUCGGCAGCACUGCAGCUGCAGGCUCGGUCUCCGAGUCUGCGAUCCCGCACGGAGAACCGUAGAAAAUCUACUGACUCUCGCGGGGAGGGGGGGGGGGGGAAGAAGAAGUUUACGCGCGAAGAUAUUUCUCACUUUGUGCUCGGUAUAAUCUCUGCUCAUUAAAGCGUUGUUGUUUCGAGGCCUAUUAAUGGAGACAUUCGAGACGGUCCAGAAUGCAACUGUUUCUGCAACUUACCUUCCUUUCCCAUUGGAUCACGGGUUACUCGACACAACCCGAAGGACUAGAAGCCAACGAAAAAAAAUAUCUACACAGAAAAGUAUUUUUUUUUCUGUAAUUUCACAAUAUAUUCACUUGGGAACCAGUUUAAAGAAAUAGUUUGUACAACACUUGGCGAUGGUAAAUUUUGCCUAUAUGAAAUAUGUUUCAGAUAAUACUGAAUGUUUCCUACGAAAAAUUGGUGCAUAAAUUUAUAUUUUAAUUUAUGUUUCACUAAAGCAAAAGUUUUUCAAACCAUGAAAAAUCUGAUUGUUUAUUCAACAAUUCGGCUUUAUUUUGUUUUUUCAUGCUUGUUAUAAGAGCCAUAAGGCUAUUCGGUAAAAUGUUGACACAUUACUUUAACUAUUGGACGUACUGGGACAUCACAUAGCAUAAAGUAUUACUGCAUACCCUAUUUUGAAAUGACAUAUUUAUUUUCAUGAAAAAUUAUAACUUUGCAAAUAUCUGUAAUAUUACGUAAAUAUUUCUGUUCCAUUAUAAAAAAAAAGAAUUUAAAUGUAGGAAAAUCUCCCACCUAAUCACGCAUGACCCGGGGAGAAGAUGAAAUGUGUCAGCAUUUGAUAAUCACAUCAAACGUCUCUGAAAAUCUAAUUCAGAAAUACGGCAAUCGAAUUAUCGUCGACCGAGUAAUUAGUGAGAAAGAGCCAGUGACGGAAGACAGACGUUGAAAACAGGAGCACAGAGUGUUGAAACGCAACAUGCAGUCGAAUAUUCCCAGGAGACAAACUGGCUCCUGUGAGCAGCGCACGGGCCCAACACAGGCUUACCAUCUGCAAACAGAACUGCCAACCUCAGCUGAUUUAAUCAAUUGAAUAUGUGAUUGUUCAUGUUGGUGCUUCGAAAGACACACGAUUUAUGUUAAAAUUUUUAACAAUAUAAAAUAGUUGUUUGACACUGAACACAUUUAAAUGCAUCAGUAAUGAAGUAUCAACAUAACUGCGCCAAAAUUUGGGACAUGCAGAUUAUUGUGAGUAUUUAUAACCGCAACGUACCAACUGCCUCCACCACUACACACGCCUGGCGUCAGUUCUGUUAGCGAAUAAACCGAAUGUCGGGUUACGCGGUCCACAUCCAUCAUUGUCCUAUGCGGACAACAUAUUGUUUUUGUUAUAGGCCACCAUUUCAACAGUGAUGCAAGAAACAUCGCGCACGAAGUUUCAAAGAUGUUUGAACGAAAUAUCAAAACAGAGGCGACAUUGUGCACUAAAUUUAAAUUAUUUUCUAGUUUUUAUCCGUAGUGUGUACGUAAUAAGAUGUCUUGAUUUGAAACUAAGUUAUAUAUUUUUUUGUUUCUUUAUUCCUUCACAUAUAUAUUAGCUUCUGUAUUUGAAAAAAAUGCACAUGAUCAAAACAGAAAAGUAAUGAGUCUCUUGCUUAAGUUUGUCGCUUAAGGCUAUAUUUGUAACAGUGAUGUGUUAAAAGUCUAAAAUAUUUUACAAUUAAAACGAAUUUAAUCCAAGUAUCUGAAGCAUAAUUCUGUUUUAGUAUAUGGUUUUGUUUACUUUGAAGUCAGUGAACAAAUUCUGGGAAUCAGCAAAUAAAAGCAAAGUGAUUGUUUUAUGAA